UCAGUAUUCUGUCAAAGUUCGGUCCGGGAAGGUGCAACUUGAACGCUCGGGUCGGUCGAAUAACUCUGUGAUAAUAUUUUCUGGACGUUUAUCGAAUAAGAAGGAGGUUGAAUAAUAGAAAUUGUCAAAGUAAAGCGUCGCGUUCCUUGAGCACAACAAUCAAGCCCAAUAGGUUCGUGUGCUUCGUCUAACUGUGCAUAGUCAGGUGAAGAGACACUGAAACCACCAGCGGAGUCUGCAGGCAUUUCUGCAUUCAGUCAUUGUGUGAAUCUAGAAUAUUGUAAACACACGCGUGUUCAUCCAUAGUGCCCAAGCUGUCAUACUCACAUACUACGCAUCCCGACCAAAAUGUUCCGUCUAAAUCAUCUGAGAACGUGAAUGGUUGGCAUUGUUUCGUGUAUAAAGCUGAAUAUUGGUGUAACGUACUGGCAGCGUGGUCAAAUAUUUUGUUAUUUAAUAAGAUCUGAAGUUAUUAGUGUGAAAAGAAGAAUUGUUAGCUUCGGCAGCAAAAUAUGAGGACUUUCAGCAAACGUACAGCGUAUUGUAUCUCGGUACUUUUGGCAUUCCUAUGCAGUACUCAGGGCUCGAUAUUUUACGUUCAACCAGAUGAAAAUUCAACAGCGUUCUCGAAUCAUCGGUAUGGCGAAUUCAUCUCAGAUUCAGAAAUACCAGAAGCUCCUACAGCACAGGAAGUCCCUCCGGAUGGCAGGUCCAUCAACGUUCAACAAAUCAUGCUUUCCGGUGAAUCCCCCGUGAACCUGACCCUUGAUGAGCGAAUAGAGCUAGAGAAAAUCACAUGGCACUGGUACCCAUACCGGAGAGUCAACUAUGUCGUACUCGAGGACGGACAAAAGAUAGAACUGGUUUGUGAUGAAGGCAAUGCGAUAGAUCAGCUUCCAGACGACGUAUUCACACAGGAACAGCGAUUACAGGGUGCCAUUGUGCUGCAUUUUAUCGGUGCAAUCUAUUUCUUCACAUUCCUGGCGAUUACCGUUGGUGAUUAUUUCCUGCCAUCGGUAGAAUGCAUUUGCGAAGACCUAAACUUAACUCAGGACGUUGCGGCGGCAACCUUUAUGGCUAUUGCUGGAACCAUUCCGGAGUUUUUCACGAACACGAUCAGUACGUUCAUCGCCGAUUCGGAUAUGGGUAUUGGUACCGUCAUGGGAUCGCUUCUGUUCAACACGUUGGGUGUGGCCAGUCUGGCGGGUUUGGCCACUAAGAAGCCCGUUCAAUUGGACUGGUGGCCACUAACGCGGGACUCCCUCGUGUUUGCUUUUCACAUAGCCAUCUUAAUUGGAUUCUCCUGGGACGGUCGGAUCUACUGGUACGAAGCGAUGGUAUUUGUCAUAUUGCUUUUGUUUUACUUCUUGAUAAUGUUUCAAAACAAACAUAUCAUGAAGUUUGCCAAAAAAUACAUCGAGGUUAAGUGGAACCUCUGUACUCGCGUGAUCAAAGAAAUUGAAGCCGAUGAAAGGGCCGCUGCGGCUGCGGCAGCAACUGUUGGAACUGCUCAGCCUAAUGUUCAAAAGCCAACGUAUCGAAUGUCCACGGCAUCCAUCCUAUCCGAUCAGAUGGCAGAGAAACCACUGAAGGUGGGAGAACUGCAUAUACCCUCCCGUCACGUCCUCCCAGACUCGGAUGAACAUCCACCCAUGACGUUAUGGAAGAUUUCCCGUGAAACAAAGCUGCGUACCUUUUGGUGGUUCUACAGCUGGCCGAUCCGUUUUGUGCUGACAUUUACAAUUCCCAAUCCCACGUUUCCGUCCAUGCGUCGGUGGUAUCCACUAACAUUCAUAAUGUGCAUCAUUUUCAUAGCUCUUGUCUCGUUUCUUACGUUUUGGAUGAUGUCCAUCAUUGGAUACACCUUUGGAAUCCCGGACGCGGUUAUGGGUCUUACGUUACUAGCCAUGGGUGGCUGUAUGCCGGAGGCAAUCUCUGCAGUGCUUAUCAUUAGAACCGGAAACGGAGCCGUCGGAGUAUCAAAUGCCCUCGGUGCUAACUCGUUGGCGAUCUUGUUUUCGCUCGGAAUGCCAUGGUUCAUCAGAACGGUGGCCGACGGUGGAAGCACUAACAACUCGUACGUCGUAAUUGCCUCCCACGGAAUGCAGUACUCGAUCAUUUCACUGCUGUUUGCCGUUGGUUCACUGUACCUAGUAAUCUACAUUGCCAAGUACAAGCUGCGAAAGCGCAUCGGUAUUGCUUUGAUGGGAUGCUACGCCAUUCUAGUGACGUUCAUGUUGCUAAAUGAAUUGGACAUCUUCUUCCCCGCCAAUAACGGUUGUUGAUGGAAAAACGGUCGUUUCAGCAGCUUUUUGAUUGUGACUUGAUAUGCAGCAAGUAGAUCCUAAGCCGAUGUAAACCAUUACGGAAUACAUGCAACUCGACUCCCGAAUAUUUGUAAGUUAAGGUUAGCUGUGCUAAUAUGUAAGUUAAUUACUCCCGAAUGAAACCAGUAGUGUACUUAUGUGAUAUUUUUUUUUACAAUGAAUGAAAUGAUAUUAUGUUGAUGAGACAUAUAAAAUGUUUGUUGUAAUCGCUCCAUACCUAGUUCUCUUCCUAGGAUGUAAAAAAAACUACAAAGGGUUAUUUAUAAAUUAAUGUACCAUGAUGUUGGUAGUUGGUAGUGUAGAUUUAACGGAUAAAUGUUGGUAGUUGUAAUAUUAUUUCCAUUAAUUCAUACGGCAGGCCAAUCAUGACUACAAUUGCUAUUAUUGCAAACUUACCAGUUUACGAUUUAUAAUUCACCCCAAUUCAAUGAAAUAAAGUUACCUAUUGGA